GUGGUACAGUCCGGGGCGGAGAGCUUGUUGGGCCCGCCCCCAUCGAGUCCUGGGCCCUGCGCGGUGGUGCGUCCCAGCCGGGUUCCGGUUCCGGCGGGGAGGCCGGGAUUGCGCGGCUAGCGCGGCUCUUCUCGCUACUGCUCGCCCGCCCUGGGCCUCCGCCCUUGGCUCCCUGCUCGACGAUGCUGCUAUCCGUGGGCGCGCCCGCCGCCCCCAGCCGCCGCUGACCCGGGCUACGCUCCAUGGCCGCCUCAGCGCCGCCCCCACCGGACAAGCUGGAGGGAGGUGGCGGCCCCGCACCGCCCCCUGCACCGCCCAGCACCGGGAGGAAGCAGGGCAAGGCCGGUCUACAAAUGAAGAGUCCGGAAAAGAAGCGCAGGAAAUCCAACACCCAGGGACCCGCAUACUCCCACCUGACGGAGUUCUCGCCGCCCCCAACGCCCAUGGUGGAUCACUUGGUGGCCUCCAACCCUUUCGAGGAUGACUUUGGUGUUCCUAAGGUUGGGGGCGCAGCCCCUCCAUUCCUGGGCAGCCCGGUACCCUUUGGGGGCUUCCGUAUACAGGGAGGCAUGGCUGGCCAGGUUCCCCCAGGCUAUGGUACCCCUGGUGGAGGGGGCCCCCAGCCUCUUCGUCGACAGCCUCCUCCAUUUCCCCCCAACCCCAUGGGCCCAGCUUUCAGCAUGCCCCCCCAGGGGCCUGGCUACCCGCCACCUGGCAACAUGAACUUUCCCAGCCAGCCCUUCACCCAGCCCCUGGGCCAGAACUUUAGCCCUCCUGGGGGGCAGAUGAUGCCUGGCACGGUGGGUGGGUUUGGCCCCAUGAUUUCCCCCACCAUGGGGCAGCCAUCCAGAGGGGAGCUAGGCCCCCCUACUCUCCCCCAGCGUUUUGCCCAGCCAGGGGCACCUUUCGGUCCAUCUCCUCUCCAGAGGCCUAAUCAAGGGCUCCCCAGCCUUCCCCCCAAUACAAGCCCCUUCCCUGGCCCAGACCCUGGCUUCCCUGGCCCUGGCGGUGAGGAUGGCGGGAAACCGCUGAACCCACCUGCCCCCACAGCUUUUCCUCCGGAGCCCCACUCAGGCUCCCCAGCAGCUGCUGUGAAUGGGAAUCAACCCAGCUUCCCCCCCAACAGUGGUGGGCGGGGUGGAGGCACCCCAGAUGCCAACAGCCUGCCCCCCCCCAGCAAAGCCAGUGGGGGCUCAGGGCCACAGCCUCCACCAGGCCUGGUGUACCCGUGUGGCGCCUGCCGGAGUGAGGUGAAUGAUGACCAGGACGCCAUCCUAUGCGAGGCCUCCUGCCAGAAGUGGUUCCACCGAGAGUGCACGGGCAUGACAGAGAGUGCCUACGGUCUGCUGACCACUGAAGCUUCCGCUGUUUGGGCCUGCGACCUCUGCCUCAAAACUAAGGAGAUCCAAUCUGUCUACAUACGAGAGGGCAUGGGACAGCUGGUGGCAGCCAACGAUGGGUGAAGACGGUGCCCCACCCCUUCCCGUGUUUCCCGCAGUUCAUCUUCAUUCCCAUCUGCUGCCCACCCCCCUGAGGACAGAAAACAGUGGCUCCUAAGGGGGGAAGGGGACAGCAGGAGAGUCUGGAUCACUCACAUUUCUGGAAAGUUAUACUCUGAUCUACAGAUCCAGGAAACCAAAGCUGUGUUGAGCAUAGCCAUUUUCGGAGGGGGUGGGGAAGGUGCGUAAGAGGAAGAGGCUGGAGAAAAAAAUCUGAAAGGAUGGGGUGUCCCCUUUACAGAGGAUAGAUACCCCAGUUCCUGUGCCUGAUGCUCCCCUCUGGCUCCACGGCUCCAGCGUUAAAGGUUUCUUUUUAGAGAAGUUGGGGGUCUCCCCAACCCUGCCACAAUCCUUUCUCAGGCCUAAUGUCAGCUUUAGGCAAUGCAUGGAAGUGUCCCCAUUUUUCUGACCUUCCCCAGUGGCUCCUUAAAGACCUCACAGUUCCUCCCCAUGGGAGUUCUUGUCUGGGGUCCUUUCCCAGGGACCAGGGGCUUCUUGCUUUUUGACAGUGGCAGGAGGUGGUGUCAGGAUUUAUCAUCUUAUACCAAAGUUGCUGGUCCUUCCUCAGCCUCUUGAGCUCAGUUCCUGAUGGACAACCAUGUCUUUGCCAAAAACUGGGAUCUGAAGCCUAACUAGAAUAUUAGAAGCAGAGGGUUUGCUGUUAACCACACUGCCCCAUUUCUCGCACACCAUCUUUGGGGCUGGCCUUUGGCACACCCACAUGGCCUCCUUUGAGGGAGAGCUUGAAAAGGAAUAGUGCCCUUAUACCUCAUUUCUUCUCAUUUCUGUUUAAAGGGUCCAAGUGAGACCUCAUGGCCAGGGACAGUAGUGGGACCCUCCCUCACUGCCGUACGCAAGGCAAUCCAGAGCUGGCAUGGACCUUGCUUCUCUUCCCAAGUGCUGCUCCUGUCUUCCCGAGCCUGAUGGAAAUAGCAGCUUUCAUUCCUCUCUGCCCCAGACCUGGCCUGGCUGUUUUGCCUGCCAGAGAAUGGUAGAUGGAUGUCGGCUCUCCCUCAUGUUUAAAAUUAACUCACAUGUUCCUCAGUGGGGUGGGAGGCCUGGGGCCCCAUGCCCCCCACUUUUCAGACCCUUUGUAAAGACGAGAUCCAAUGUACAGCCCCCACUGGGUGGAGCCAGCAGUCCCUGAAGGAGAGAAUGUCUCAGGGCUCCUUCCAGCGCCCCUCCGCCCUUUCCCGCACCACCACAACACAGGUGGCACCUCCCCCCAACUUUGUGUUGUUCUUUUCGCUCCUCUUGUUGCUAUCUUUGUGUCCUUGCCCCACCCCCAAUUUUGUAAGAUGGCCUCUAGGGGAGUGUCCACCCAGUUCUGCUCCUUGCCCUCUGCUGCUUUUUUGGGAGCAUGAGUGGCAGGAAUGUGGGAUUAUUUUGUACGGUUGGAUUAGUAAAAACUUGAAAAUCUGGACAA